AUUAAGGAACGAGAGCAGCAGUUACAACAAUCCGGUCGAAGGCUCACUCCAAUUGAGCAGCAGUUCGUUGACCUGGCAAAAAUCUCCACGGCAAAGGACGCUAUAAUUGACCAACAACGGAUAGAGAUGCGGAAAACAAACGAACUACUUCAGAAGGGGGAAAUUGAGAGCAAAACGAACCAAAACCGUUGUGAGGAGCUCGAAGCUCGACUGCGCGCUUUGGACGACGAACUCGGCAUGUUGCGAAAGAUGGGCAGCGAGCAGGAAUAUCUUGGAGACAAGGUGAAAGAACUCACUUCACAUUUGCUGAACAAAGAGGCGGAAUUAGCUCGUACUCGCGAAGAGUUGGAGGCAAGAUGUAGUCGAUUAAGUGAUGAACUACGAGAAGCCAAAGAGAAGUUAGUGGUUAUUCAACCUCAUUUUAUUGUUAUCCUUCGCAGUUCUUUAGAGCAAGGCCAAAAGAACGGGGAUGCUUCUUGUAUAGUUAAUAAAUUGGCU